GCGCCUUGGCGGUUUUAUCAGUUUUCAUGAAGAUUGAUUCUUUCGAGUUGAAUUUUUUAUUCGAAAAUUCAGUCGAUUGAGAAGGAAAAUUCUCGUUUUGUAUAAUUUCAAGAAGUAAUGGAUCAGUUCAGCAGUUAAUUUCAUUCAUAAUCUAAAAUGGAUAGAGAUGGCUGUUCUCUGAAACCACUGCCCGGGCAGGCAACGUUCCUCUGUCUGAUGGAUAUUUCUAAAAAAGUUGAACUGAUAAAGCAAAAAUUGAAGAAGAAAAAUCGCAGCCACGCUGAGAGUUCAGAUUUGAAUAUUUUCAAAGAAUUAUGCACUCACGAAGAUAUCAUAAUUAGAGGAGUCGCUUGCAAUACAGUAAAAGAUUUAGUUAAAUCUAAUCUGUUGGCAUUGCCUCAAGCAUUAUCCUGGUUUAUCGCAAUUCUGCAGUCAAAUCUAGGAAGUAACCACGAUGAAAUUAUUCGAGCUAUAGCGGAUUUACUUCUAUUGAACGACGAUAAUCAAUUCAUUUGCAGCCCAACACAACACCCAUUUGUUUUAGUAUUGAGACAAAAUGAAACGAAUUGGUCGAUAAUUGAAUUUCAGUUAGAUUAUAUAUUCGAACAAGCGAAUACUGUAAAUUUCCAAAAAGCGUUCUCUUUAGUAGUGCCAGUUUUUCAGUACACUCUGUGGUCCAAAGGAUCAGUAAGUUCAUUAUGUCGAAGAGCAGCCUGGAUGUGUUUAAUUAGACAUUUUCGAGCGGAAAAUUUCGACUUUUUGUUAGAAACGAUUUGCUGGUGUCCGAGUGAUGACCUAAACUCGACUUUGGACGUUUACUAUGUUCUUAGCCGGUAUAAAGAUGAAUUGCUCGAGAUUAUGAAAAGGAACAAUACAGCUAGUUCUCUCUGUGUGUUCUACGCUUAUGUGAGUUGCAAACUUGCCGAGCAUGGUUAUGAUCCCACCAUCGUUUUGUCCAUAACGCGAAAACUCUUGAAAGAGUAUCCUACCAGCAUCAAUAUUGUACUGGCAUUGUUUGCCCAAACUCUAACCCGCUGUCCUGUCGAGUUUUUAAACAUAUUUCUUUUGACAUGCGUUGAAUUAAUUGAGAACAACAGAAAUUCUUGCACUACAACCAAAUGGCUAAUAAUCAGCGCUAUCCUACCAUGGUUACUUUACCCAUCAUGUUUUACCGAAAACGUUCAGGAAACGGCCGAAAUACUCUUCAAUUCCGUUCAUCAGCGUGAAACGAACAAUGGCGACGAUUGUGAAAAUUACUCAUCCAUUCUAGUUUCCGACGAGUACUUUAUUCGAAUCGUGAAUUCGGAAAAGGAAAUGCAUUGGGCUUUUACUAUAGCGUGCUCACUGGAGAAAACAAAUCACAUGGAACUUCUCGACCGAAUCAGUCGCAUUAAAAUCCACUCCGAAGAAAUAGUCCGCUACCCGUUACUGCAUUUAGGCGUCAGCGCGAUUUUAUUAUCUGAAAAUGAUGUCGUCGUUCAAAAUAAAGCCUUAGCUGUUUUGGUUAAUCUUAACGCCGCUUUCUACCUUCCUCACAUCUUGUACUUACUGUCAAAAGCUCCCAGUUCUCAACUACAGUUGAAAUUAUUGCACUCUUUGCCUUUGACGGCUGCUAAAAAAGAAAAUGUACGUCCAGUUUUGCGUUCAAUCGAUUCUUUUUUUCUGAGUGGUAAACAAAUUUUGCGAGAUUUAUCGAUGAAACUGUAUUCCAGUUUAUGGAAAAUUGAAGAAAGGUGCUAUUCCUAUUUACACGAUCGUUUGCUCGAGUACGAAACCUCUUCGGAGAAUAUGUGGCAAAGAGAUGUGAUUUUAGCCUCGAUUAUAGGAGAUAUUUGCGCUUCGAAGCCUCAUAAACACGGCGAAGAAUGGAUUUCCGUCUUGAACGAAAUUAUUAAAAGAUGGCACAAAAAACAAGAAGGUAGUCUUCCUUCGGCUUUAGCUUUAGAUGCGAUUAUAUUCUUGUGUCAGGCUGAAGUUCUGGAAGCUAUCAAGAUUUAUAAAUUACUCGCUGAACGAUUAUUCGACGAUAAUCGCGUACAAGUGUUGAAAAAAUUUCAUUCUCUUAUCGGAUAUAUUUUUGAGAAAACCAGAAAAGACGCGUUCGAUCAGUUUAAAGAUGUUUUGCUUGACGCUGUAUCGAGAAUGUGGCUGGUGAUAUCAUCUUCUACGCAAAAUGAAGUAAUUUUUUCAGCCAUAAGCGCGUUAUCGAGAUUUGACAAGAAUGAAAUGCCUUUGAAAGUCAUACCGGACGUGUACAAGAAACAUGCUAAGUUACCCCAACAGUGCACGAAUAAAUCUGAAAAUGAAAUCGCCGCAUUAAAAGAUCAAUUGCCAUACGUUCCUGGUAACGUUUGGGUAUAUUUUUUACGAAGCGUACAACCGCAAGUUAGGCCACAUGUUUACAACAUGUACCUGCGCUGGUUGAUAGAAGAAGUUGAUAAUUUUCCUAGAAGUUUGUACGGAUCAAUUCGCGGCGAACCAAAAGAUUUGAAAAUUCUGCACGACAGAUGUCUAUUCAGAGCGCUUGUCGAUUAUUUGAAAAAUUUCUCAAAACAGAUUACUUCUUUCAAAGAAGAUGAUUUGGAAACGAGCGUAAUAUGUUUGAAAUUGUUGAAUGGUGAUUUACCUAAAAAAUUGCCGCUGUUCAAUUGGACAUUUCUGGUACCGCUACUGCACAUUCAGCAACCUGCUUUAGCUGAGCAAAUAAUCACACUUUUUUCCAAACAAAGUUGUACCUCGUCGUCUGCGAGAGUUUCUGCGGAAGACUACCUUCGAACAUUCGCCAACACAAAUAAAGUUGAUGAUCUAAGAAAAGUUUUUAAUGUAUUACCGGAUCUAUGUCGUGGUAUUUCGACAGUUGUCCUGAAAAAUUUCCUGGAAUUUGCGGCGGUGUACGCUUAUGAGAAGACAAAUAAUCAAGAUGAAACUUUGCUAGCUUUUAUUUGGGAUAGAUUGGCUGCAGUUUUACGAAGCCAGGAUAUCGACGAAAACAAUCGUAUUUGUGUUUCAGAAUGUGUGAAGACGUUUUGGGAAAAAACUGCUCAUGAUGAUCAAGCGUUUGGUAACCUGUUGAAUGCUGCUAUCGAACUUCCUUCUACAUACGUUGACUACUUAUGCUCUUGCAACGAGAGUGAAUUAUCUCCUGAUCGAGUUUGUAAAAUUAUUAAAUUACGAUGCGCUAUGGCUAUGAAAUCGAGCGUUGAAAAUCCAUUCAUCUGGCUGCAGAGAAGUAUUGAAAUUACUGCGCUUUUUCCAGAAAAGCAAGAAUUUUAUUUCGACUGUUCGUUGCCGGUUUUAAAAAAAUACCGCUCUCAUUCAAAUUGUUGGCAUUGGUUGUUGCAAUACACUAGUUAUGUUCAUUCCGCUUUGAACGAAUUAUCGGAAUUUGGUAUCUGUUUUGUCCUUAAUGCUUUGAUUUUUACUGUCAUUAACGUAUCUGCGUACGAACCAUUCGUCUCGGAUCGUUUUACUUUGGAAGAAUAUUUUCGAUUGUUUCCUCAAGCAUUAAAUUCCGUAGUUGUUAGUAAAUCUUCGAAUCAGAUCAUCGAUUGGUUACAAAUUACUACGAAAUCGCCUAAACUCGAUCAGAGGUACAAUUCGUUGUUCUACAACGCACUCAUAUCCUUGAAAAAUAAUGAGCAUCUUUUUAAAACGCAUGUAUGGAGUAAACUCUCAUCUUGAUAAAAUUUGUGUUAUAUGUAUUGAAUUACGUUUUUGUACUUGUACAUAGUAUGCUCUGUCUGUUGUUUCUGUGUUAUUACGUUUAAGAGAAUACAGUUCAAAUUAUUUCUAUA